AUGACAGAUCUGAAGCCUAUUGUACCCAGCAUUGUUGUACAAGAAGAAGGCUCACGAAAAGUAUUGGUGUAUUUAAAUAUUCCUGAACUAAAAGUCAAACGAUCAUUUCCAAACCUACUCAAACAAGUUCCAUCAAAUGGAGUUCAAAGAACGCUUGAGUUUCGUGAUCAGUCAUUCACAUUCACAUUGAAUGUUCAAACAAAAAACAAUCAAACAAAAAUCUAUUCAUUGGCAGUCGCACGUCUACCAGGUGAAAUUCAUCCUCAACAAUGCUCAAUAAAAUAUCAACGUGGCGGCUGUUGGAUUACAAUGGUUAAAGUUGAACCGAUGGGUUGGAUGAAUCGCAUAUGUGAUGACAUGAGUCCGGGUCUAGAUAUAGAAGAGAAUGACGGUCAAACGCCAGCCGCAUCAGCGCCUGAAGAACCUGUUCAACUACGAGAUACCGAUAUGCCCCCACCAUUCAAUCUAGUACCAAUUGCUCCAUCACCUCCUUGUCGCGCACCAUCGACUAAAUCACCUGCACCACUGCCACCACCAUCAUCAUCAUCGGCGACAUCUAACAAUUAA